UGCAACGCGAUCUCGAUCUUCUCGCGGGUAAUCCCGAUCUCCUUUGGUUCCUCUAUGAAAUUGGACAGAUCGAACUAGAACAUCGUCGAUCGACCCACACCAGGAAACUAAGCAGCGUCUGCCGCCAUGGAGGUCGCCCGUGGCAGACGAAAGCCCAGCGGCCGGGACCGGCUGAGCAACCUGCCGGAUUGCCUCCUCCACGCCAUCCUCUCGCAGCUCCGGUCCCGGCAGGCCGUCCAGACGUGCGCCCUGUCGCGGAGGUGGGCCCACCUCUGGCGCGGCGUCUCCUGCAUCCACAUCGACAGCGCCGACUUCUCCAACCAGCAGCGUCGUCACCACCAGGUCUAUUCCCAGGUGCAGGAGGAGGAGGAGGAGGAGGCGCUCGCCAAGCUGGAGGAUUUCGCCGACAGUCUCGUGCUCAGCCGUGGCCAAUCCUCCUCCUCCCCGGAGCCGCCGCUGGACUCUCUACGGCUGCGCGUUCACCGCGGAGGUCCACGCGGGGAUGUCAAUAUGUGCAGGUGGAUUCGCCGCGGCCUGAAGCUGUCGCCAGCGGCGCUCGACGUAUCGGGGGGCGACGGCUACCGGGUCAGCCUAACUUCCCUCCCCCAUCGCGUCUCCGGAGGCGGCGCUCGCCGCCUCACCAGGCUUCGUCUGGACAACGUGGUCCUCCAACAUGACUUCAGGGAUCGAUCUCUUCCCUGUGCUAGAAGACCUAGAGAUCAUUAACGCUGUCUUCGCGUCCGAGAUCUGGCAGAUCGCGUCCGACACGCUCACUAGCCUAACCCUAGUGAACGCGUCCUCUCGCUCCACCACGAGUAUAUGCAGCGUCCGGAUCGCCGCCCCUCGCCUCGCAUCGCUGCGGCUGGAGUCCACGCUCGCUCGGCUCGCGACCAUUCGUUUCAAUAUUAUGUCGGAUGCUCGAGCUUGUCUCGCCCAAGCAUCCAUCCGCAUACUCGACCAGACGGAUCAGGAUCGUAAGCCCUGGAGCCCGGAAGACGAUAAGGGUGAACCGAAACCGGACAACAACAGGGAACAUAUACGUAAUCUGCGCUCUCUCAUCGUCGACUCCCUGUCCAAUGUUACUAGCUUGCACCUCUCUGGUUUCCAA